CUCAUUUUCACAGAUAUAUAAGCGGUAGUUGAGGUUUUUCUCCUCCACCAACAAAGGUAGAUGAUAGAAGGAACCAAAACACCACUCCAUAUACAAGUAACAAAGAUCCCCAAGCUUGACAAAAUCUCUCUCUCUCUCUCUCUCUCUCUCUCUCUCUCUCUCUUUCUCUGAGUUUAGACAUACAAAAACAUAAGCUAACGGGUCCCAUGAGAGAGAGGUCGAUUAAACGAGAAGUGAAGCCAAUGAAAGCCAUGAAUAAUGUUUCGAGUAAGAAGGAAUUAGUCAACAAGGGAGCAUGGACAUCAGAGGAAGAUCAAAAACUGGCCGAGGUCAUUGAAAUCCAUGGUGCUAAAAGGUGGAAGAUAAUUGCAGCUAAAGCAGGUCUUAAUCGGUGCGGCAAGAGUUGCAGGCUAAGAUGGUUGAAUUACCUGAGACCAAACAUCAAGAGAGGAAACAUAUCAGACCAAGAAGAGGAUUUGAUUCUUAGGCUUCAUAAACUACUUGGGAACAGGUGGUCUUUGAUUGCCGGAAGGUUACCUGGGCGAACAGAUAAUGAGAUAAAAAACUACUGGAAUUCUCAUUUGAGCAAGAAAAUGAAGCAGAAGGAGAAACAAAGUGGAGUAGCAACAAGAGAAGGCUGUAAUAUUAAUGGUCAGCAAAAUAGGGUGGAAGAGAAAGCAAAUGUAGAAAGGAUGAGUGAAGAGGAGAACACAUCUAAAGGAGUUGAUGACUCAGAAAUCAACUUUGAUGUGGAUGAAUUCUUUGAUUUCUCCAAUGAGAGUCCUCUGAAUUUUGAGUGGGUCACCAAAUUCCUUGAAAUGGACCAGGGCUGGAGUGACAUUUUAUAAACUGUAUAAACUUUGUUUUCUCUCCAUGAACUUCGUACAGUUCAAGCCAUUCAGAGGCGUGAGUAAUUUUUCAUAAUAUUUCACUUUUUUUUUUGCCCUUUAAGAUUUUCAUGUAUUUGGUGGGAUUCAUGGUUGAAUAUCAGCUCUUUCGUACGCUGAAA